AUGGAGAUGUCACACCAGGGUGGGGCGGAGGGCGAGAGCCUCCUGAGGCAGGAGAGGGGAGCCGUCGUCAUGCCUGGCCAGAGACAAGGACGUUGGGAUGCGGUGGACGAGAAGGCGCCAUUCCUUCGCAACGAGCCGGUGAAGUUGACGCCGGCUUGGGAAGGCAACAACCUGCCAAAUGACACGCUUAACCUGAAAGGUAUCGCAAUGGACUUAGCAGCUCCAAAAGACAAAUGGCACCUAAUAUUCCUGACGUUGAUGCUGCACGGUCUCGGUACCCUGACUGCGUGGAACAUGUUCAUCACGGCGAAGGAUUACUUCGUGAAGUACAAACUGGCCAGCGCUCCCGCCUACUCGGAACACUACCUCGCUUACGUGGGGUGGGCCAGCCAGAUCCCAAACCUUGUGUUCAGCUGGGUCAAUGUCUUUUUGACGUCCAAAGGCGACCUUACAAGCCGUAUUGUAUGGUCGUUGAUAAUGGAGGUACUUAUCUUCGUGUUUACCAUCAUCCUAGCUAUGAUGGACACGACCAACUGGCCCGGCACCUUCUUCUGGCUCACGAUGAUUUCUGUAUUCUUACUUAAUGGAUUCAACGCAGUCUUCCAAAACUCAGUGUACGGUGUAGCGGCUCGGCUGCCCAUACGCUACACUGGCGCCGUGGUGCUCGGUAGCAACAUUUGUGGAACUCUCAUUGUGUUCCUCAACUGGUGCUCCGUGUUCUUCGACAACCAGCGCACAGCUGCCAUCUACUAUUUCAUCGGCGGCAUGUUCGUGCUUCUCAUCUGUAUUGACACCUACUUCGCUUUGCCUUUGAAUAAAUUCUACCGCUACCACGAUUCGCUGCAGCAGCAGAUGGCGGCUGCGAGCGAAGACAGUAAGAACGUCAACAAGCCGCGCGUGUCUCGUUUCAAGAUAUUCGGCCAAGCGUUUGUGCAGUUGUACAACGUGUUCAUCGUGUUCUUUGUCACCCUAGCCGUCUUCCCUUCUGUGAUAUCAGAUAUCACACCAAAUGUCCCAGGGUUUUUGGGUGAUAACUUCGUUCGAAUGACUUGCUUCCUGACGUUUAACGUCACAGCAAUGAUCGGUAACAUCACCGCUAGCACGUGGAAAUUCCCUGGACCCCGUUGGCUGGUACUGUUCACAACUCUCCGUGUGCUGUUCAUCCCGUUCUUCCUGAUGUGUAACUACAAACCGGCGGACCGCACCUUGCCAGUCUACAUCACCAACGACUGGGUCUUCUGGAUAGCCUCCGUUUUACUCGGCUGGAGCUCCGGACAUGGAAGCUCAUUAGCUAUGAUGUAUAUUGGAGGUACGGUGGCUCCGGAGAACGCAGGCACAGCGGGUAUGAUCGGCGCGGCCAUGUUAGUGACGGGGCUUGUCACAGGUAUCACAUUCACUCGGCUCUGCCCCAUCAUCGUCACGGCCGACCUUUGGCGCACCGCCUAG